UUCCCGCUGGGCUCUGGCUCUAGGAUGUUGGAGAACCGAGAGGAAGAGCUGACCACGGUGCGUGUUCAGGACCCUCGAGUGCAGAACGAAGGCUCCUGGAAUUCCUAUGUGGAUUAUAAAAUCUUCCUGCACACCAACAGCAAGGCCUUUACUGCCAAGACCUCAUGCGUGCGGCGUCGGUACCGUGAAUUCGUGUGGCUGAGGCGGCAGCUCCAGAAGAAUGCUGGCUUGGUGCCUGUCCCAGAGCUGCCGGGGAAAUCCACCUUCUUCGUGGGCAGCACGGAUGAGUUCAUCGAGAAGCGGAGACAGGGGCUGCAGCAGUUCCUGGAGAAGGUCGUGCAGAACGUGGUCCUCCUCUCCGACAGCCGGCUCCACCUUUUCCUGCAGAGCCAGCUCUCUGUCCCCGAGAUUGAGGCGUGCGUGCAAGGCCAGGGCUCGCAGACGGUGACGGGAGCCAUCCUGCACUACGCCAUGUCCAACUGCGGCUGGGUGCAGGAGGAGGAGAGCAGCCGCCCCGCGAUGCGGGCGGGAAGGCAACUGACCGGCAGCUGCGCUGGCCUGGGAAACCCGCAGGGUCCGAGCUGCCCAGAGCCCUUCCCCUACUGGAGCGACUUCGGCGUGGAGGAAACCAACUCGGACA